AUGCUCAGCUUUCCCAUUCAGUCAUUCGUCGACACGGUGAUAAUGGGCGACCCGAUUGACCCUCCUGUUCUUCGCGCCACUGAGAACUUUUCAAUCCCAUUCCUCUGGUACGCCAAAGAUCCAAACUUCGAUGCGACCAUCAACUUUUAUAUCGCAAUGAAGAACCUUGUCCUGGACUCGACAUUGGUACCCCCAGAGCAGGAUAUCACUCUUUUGGACUGGAGUGGAGGCUCGGUAGGAAUUGUUAUGAAUGAACAGCAGUUCCAUUUCAAAGGCAUCACAUUCAAAAACAUGGAUAUCGGCUUGAAGAUUGAUAAACUAUUCGAAGGCACUGGACAAGGCCUGCAUUUUGAAUCAUGCAGAAUCGGUGUUGACACAAGCAACAAUAAUACUGGAUUCUUUGCCCUUAUUGAUUCCAGUGCUAAAGAUGUGGACGUCGUGUUCAAUAUUGCAGCCUCGCCAACUGCUCAGGGGUCAAUAGUCUUAGAAAAUGUGAAGGUGGACAACUCUGUUGGCUCGACUGUCAGUGCUGAUGGCACAAAUGUGCUAACUGGCUCCGUGGCGCGUGGCAGCUCGUGGAUCUGGGGCAACGUGUACUCUCCAAAGGGUCAUGAGCGUGCGGAAGGGAAGCUGUAUCCAGCCUCCCGCCCACAACCACUCAUUGACCGCUCUGGGAGCUACUAUGCUGUGAAGCCUCCAACAUUCCAAGAAUGGGAUGUCGUAAAUGUUUUGAAUGUGAAAGACGUGUGUGGAUGGCCGGUAGCUGGAGACGGAAUCACCGAUGAGUAA